AUGUCCAUAAGACGCCGGCUGCACCUGAUGGCGGCGACGGAGGCGCGCCCUGGCGAGCCUGUCGCAACCUCGGGGGCAUAUCGAGCGCCAACCCGAUUGGAGGGCGCCCUCGCCUCGCCACCUGGAGGCAACGGGCCCCGCGCCGAUGGCUCCGUUAUUUAUCAGGACCAGGGCGCGUUUGAUGAAGCGAAUGGAGAAGUCGCCGCCCGCAAUUCCAAGGCGCUCGGCGCGCGCAGAUUGCCCGGCCAGUCCGCGGCAGCUGGGCAAGUUCCCAAAUUUGGCGAGCCCAUCACAAACGUGACAGCGCCUGUGGGCCGCGAGGCCAUCCUUGCCUGUCUCGUUGAUGACCUCUCCACCUACAAGAAUCGUUCCUUGGACCAGAGACUUGGCUCAUGGUUUCUCCCGUCUGAGCCCCCGCCCUCGCGCCGUCGUCUGUUUGCGCUCGCUCCGUCCGCUCCUAAUUUAAAACAAGGUUUAAUAGCCACUCUCAAAGUGACUACCUGUGUUCGAAAUGCUGUAGGUCGUAUUAUGUGA